UUAGAUGCUAACUAUAAUGCAAAUGAAAUCUGCACAAGGAGACCUCAGUCUUGCACUUCCGCUAGAAAUCUCGCGAGAUCAGUUUCCUUGGUAACGCUACACCGUGUUUUCAUGGAGAGGUCUGAGCGACAAAAGAUUCAACUGACAGCCAACCAGCCAUACGACGAGAGUUUUGAGGUGAACGCAGACGAAGCAGACAGUGUGCACACACCAACCCCACGACAGAUAGCUUCAAGUAGGGCAGGAAGGCAGAAGCAAAGCACCAUGGCCAGUUACACUGGUCACAAACUGGAAGACGACAUUAAACAGAGAAAGAAAGAGCCACCGUCUGGUUCUCGUGGCACUAAUGAUGAUGAUGAAGAGGAGGAGGAAGAUGACGAUGAUGACGACGAAGAUGAUGAUUCUGAUGACACAGAGUCGGACGAAGAGGAAGGGGAGCCUGGAUCUGCUUUGGAAGGCGCAUAUGACCCAGCAGAUUAUGAUCAUCUUCCUGUGACAGCAGAGAUCAAAGAGCUGUUUCAGUACAUCACACGAUACACUCCACAGACGAUAGACCUUGACCACAAAUUAAAGCCUUUCAUCCCUGACUUUAUUCCAGCUGUGGGGGAUAUUGAUGCUUUUCUGAAAGUGCCGCGACCAGAUGGCAAGCCAGAUAAUUUGGGUCUCCUGGUUCUGGAUGAGCCGUGCACGAAGCAGUCAGAUCCCACAGUGCUCUCCCUCUGGCUGUCUGAAAACAGCAAACAACACAAUGCCACUGAAGUAAAAGUUAAGAGCAUUGAAAACCCUGAAAAAAAUCCCAAAGCUAUAGAUAACUGGAUCGAGAGCAUUAGUGAACUGCAUCGGUCCAAACCUCCAGCUACCGUACACUACACCAGACCCAUGCCAGACAUUGACAGCCUGAUGCAGGAGUGGCCGCCUGAAUUUGAGGAACUUUUGGGAAAGGUAAAUCUGCCCACAGCAGACAUAGACUGUGAUUUGGCAACGUAUGUCGACAUUAUUUGUGGAAUACUGGACAUACCUAUAUACAAAAACCGAAUUCACUCCCUCCACGUCCUGUUCACACUCUACUCCGAAUUCAAAAACUCACAGCACUUUAAAUCUGUAGAAGAGGGCCAGAAGUCUGACACACCAUCUGCUUCACAUACAGCCACUGCUGAAAUAGAGAAACUCACUCUGGACUGAGAUGGCUCCUUUCAUGGCAUGAUGUGCAUGGCCUAUUUAUCUACAUCCUGUUUGUUUUUUUAAGUUGUUGUGUCAACAGUUUGUUAUAUGUUGUUAUACUUUAAAUUGUACUUACUUUCUAUAUCUUUGGUCUGAACAGUAGUAUUCAUAAUAUAUCAUGGCUGCAAUAAUGUUAAUCACACGAACUGCAUUUUAAUAAAGAUUUAUUUUCGUAAACUGU